CCAUCCAGUUUGGCCUGGAAUAGAUUUUAUUUAUUUAUUUUUAAAUUCAUGUACCUGUUUUCUGGAUUCUUAACUCAAAAUGAGUUCUACCAAUGAUUUGAUCAAUGAUGAAAGUGUCAGCCACCAGCCUAUGGACAUGGACAUGACUUUAGCUCAAACCACAACAACAGAAAAGGUUCAAGAGCCAAGUGACUCUGAGCCACAAACGAUGAGUGUUUACCUCAGAGUAAGGCCUUUCUCUAAAGAGGAGGUCAACAGUUGUGAAGACCAGGAGUGUGUUGUGAUUGAAAAUGACCAGACCGUGACCCUGAACGCACCAAAGGGCUCUGCCACCAUGAAGAGCAGUGAGAAGGGGGUUGGCCUGUCUAUCCACAAAUUUUCAUUCACUCAAAUAUUUGGUCCAGACACCACUCAGAUCAAGCUGUUUGAGGAAACCGUCCAAAGUCAAAUGUCUGAUUUCUUGAAUGGGAACAAUGCUCUAAUAUUCAGUUACGGCGUCACAAAUGCAGGAAAGACCUACACUAUUCAAGGAUCUCCAAAGGAUCCUGGUAUCCUUCCUCGUGUUUUGGACGCCACCUUCCAUCACAUCAGGGGACACCAGUACGACAGCAUGGAUAUCAAACCGCAUCUCCGUAACGACGCACAGUUUCUCACUUCAGAACAGGUCAAGCAGGAGAAAAGCAUUAAGGCUGCCGUUUUUGCUUCAUGUAAAGAGGUGAAAUAUUUCAGCAAAUUACAAUUUGUUUUAUUCAUGACUUAAGUCUUGUGUUUAUACGUGUUAAAUACUCAUUGUUUGGUCGCAGACAGCACAGUGAAGGUGGAUGGUGGUCAGUUUGCCUUGUGGGUGGCCUUCUUUGAAAUCUACAAUGAGUGUGUGUAUGACUUACUCCAGCCUGCCCUCUGCUCCAAGUCCAAGAAAAGAGCUGUUUUGAGAGUGUGUGACGACGGAGCCGGAAACGCCUAUGUAAAAGAUUUGAGGUGGAUCAACAUCAUGAAUUUGAGUGAAGCGAACAAGAUACUACAGUAUGGAAACAAGAACCGAAGUGCAGCUGCUACUAAAAUGAACCAGUGCUCCAGUAGAAGCCACAGUAUUUUUACAAUGAAGCUGCUGAAGAUUGACAAUGAUGCAGUAAAGGGCAUUUCAGAGUUUUCUCUGUGUGACCUGGCCGGCUCUGAAAGAUGCAAUAAGACAAAGACCUUUGGAGAGAGACUCAAAGAAGCUGCGAACAUCAACAACUCCCUGCUCAUCCUGGGAAAAUGUAUCAUGGCUCUGCGCAACAAUCAGGCCGACAGAUCGAAAAGCUGCAUCCCGUUCAGAGAGAGUAAGCUCACAAAGCUGUUCCAGUCUUUCUUUUGUGGUAAAGGAAAAGCCUCAAUGAUCGUGAACAUAAACCAGUGCGCCUCCACCUACGACGAGACCCUCCAUGUCAUGAAGUUUUCAGCUGUAGCCAAACAGGUGGUGCAGGUGAUCCUAGAAAAGCCAGUUCUCCUGUCUCCAUGUUUGUUUGGUCGGGAUGGGAAGCCCCUGGUUCGUCCUGGGACAGACAGCCUGGCCAUGGAGGGUUAUCUGUCUGAAGAUGAGCUCCUGGAUGAAGAGGAUGAAGCCGAUAUGUCUGUCAUGCCACAAGAUGAGCUUCUUAGCCUGGUUGAGAAUCUGAAGAGUAAGUUAUUGGCUGAACGUCGGAAAAACUUGGUUCAGGAAAUGGAAAUUCGCAAAGAAAUGGGAGAUGCCAUGAUGCAGCAAAUCAUGGAGAGUGAAGAACUACGCAGCCGAGAGAUGGAGGAGCUGAAGGAAAGCUACCAGGAGAAAUUGGAGAACACUUUUGAGAUGUACAAGGAGGCGAUCAAAGAGCAUGCUUAUCAGAGUGCCAUGAGGAAUCUGGAAGACGACUAUGUCUCACUGGACGAGUUUACAGCUGAACAAGAGAAAGUGGAGGAGCUGAAGCGUCAGAUUGAGAGUGCUGAAGGCCGAGGACGUUCAAUGCAGACGACAGAUCAGUCGACUCAGACAGAAGCAUCCAGAGAGACGGAGGCAGCAGAGGAGAGGUGCAAGAGGCUUUAUAAAGAAAAGUCUGCUUUGGAAACAAUGUGUGAAAGCAAACAGCAGCUGAUCAUGUCACUGGAGAAAAGUCUGAAAGAUCUCAGUGAGGGACACAAGUGGCUCACAAGCUGCUUAUCAGAGACGUCACUGGAGGCUGAAAUACUCAAGAGGAAAGCUGAGGAUAUGUCUAAAUCUCUGGAGGACGUCCUGCUGCAGAACAUUGAAAAGGACAAAGAAAUUGAGAUGCUAAAAGAACAACUGGAAAAGUCCUUAAAGAGCAGCCCAGUGCAGCUCAGGCCCAAACGUGGCCUCCUCGCCAACAUCAAAGACGCUGUGACGUCACCACGAAACUCCAGCUCUGCCCGCACCUUGAGGAAGACCGUGAGAGCUGUCAAACACUAACAUUUUAUACCAUGUUUUUAAAUGUAAAAUAUUGUAUAAUUUAAAGUGUUUUU